AUGACCAUGUUCGAUGAUGCAUCAAUUGAAGACGCCAUUGGCAUUGUGCUUCGCGCAUGGGGAGUUGUUAAAUUUGGGAAGACAAGUGUUCUACAUGUGGAGUUCAACAAAACGGUUGAAGAAGAGGAUGAUGAAGCUAAUGUCUAUGUCGGUCUAUCCGAUAGAGAGGCUACUGAUAGAUUGGCUACUGAUAGAGAGGCUACUGAUAUAUGGGCUGAGGCUUGUGAAGCAGAUGGUGUGCUCACACUUUACGAAGACAUUGAAAUGCAUGAUAAUGUCACCGAAAGAGAUGCGAUUGUGAUUGAAGAUACAGAAGCAAGACCAUCAGUUGAAGUAACACCAGCUGUCAAGGAACGGGAUGAUGGUAUGGAUUUGGCUUCGGACACUAAGAGAUAUGUGAUAAAAUGCCGAGCAGCCAAAGAAGGCUGCAAGUGGUUUGUGCGUGUUGCAAAGUUGAUGAAUUCAUAUCGUUGGACGGUUAGAAGUUACAUCAAACAGCAUAGAUGUUCUGUUGUUACUACAAGAACACUGCCUAAUAGAAGGAGAGGCACACCAGGAAUCGUUGCAGCUGUUUUGGCUCAAGAUUAUCCCGAUAGUUUAGACACACCAGCUCCCAACGCCUUGAUCGAUUUGGUUCAUCACAGGGUGGCUGUGCAAUCGAAUCCUGGCACAAUAAAUCUAGUGGUUGUGGAUGAGGCCCAAAAGUUUAAGUAUCUGUUUUUUGCUUUGGGAGCUAGCAUAAAAGGGUUUAUCGCUAUGAGGAAAGUCCUCAUUGUCGAUGCAACACACAUGAAGAAUUUGGGUGUGGUUUAUGGAACAGUUGAAACAGUGAUAUCUGAUGUCCCUGGAUUGGUGUAUGUCCCUGGAUUGGUGUUUCUUUUAGAUAGAAACAAAAGCUUGAUCAAGGCAGUAAGUGUAGUGUUCCCUCAGGCCGCUCAUGGGUAUUGUAUAUGGCAUUUGUCUCAGAAUGUUAAAGUACACGUUCGUAACAACAGAGAUACUUGUGCGUUUAAGUUUAUGGACUGCGCACACGCUUAUACAGAGGCUGAGUUCUUGAACCUUUAUAAUGCUUUUCGCAUGAGGUAUCCUAGCGCAGCGGAGUAUCUUGACAAAAGUGUAGAAGAGAGGAAAUGGGCGAGAUGUUACUUUGAAAGAGAUAGGUACAAUGUUGACACCACCAAUUCAGUGGAAUCUUUUAAUGGUGUUAUUAGUGACGCGAGAAAGUUAAACAUACUACCAAUGUUUGAUUUCAUCAUCGGGAAAAUGGCUGAAUGGUUCAACAUACAUAGGAAGGAGGCGGCUGAAAUACCACCCACACUAAAGCUUGUUCCUGUUGUGGAAACCGAAAUGUCUAAAAGAUGUGUUGAUGCAGGGUUUCUUUCCGUUGUCGAGUUAAACAACUUCCAUCUUGAGUACAGUGUCUCAGGAAGUGACGGGAUGCGUUAUACGGUUGAUAUGGCUAUGAUGACUUGUAGCUGUGAGCAAUUUGAUAAAGACAAAUACUCAUGUGUCCAUGCAGUAGCUGCUGCCACAUUCAUGACUGAUAUAGCGGGAAAGGAACUUCAUCUAUCUGAGUAUUGUUCUAAGUACUAUUUAGUGGAGCAAUGGGCUUUGGCUUAUCACAGGACAAUAUAUCAUGUUCCUCAUAUGUCUGAUUGGAUUAUACCAGAAGAAGUUAAAGCAAUGUAA